AUGACUCCGUUCCUUCGAAUCGGCCAAUCUCUUCAAGGCCAAGCAGGAUUCUACACAAUUGGAAAACAAAUCCAGAAGACAGUCUGGCUUGCUAAAGACAAGCUACAUCAGCCCGUGUUCAUUAAAAGCGUCCAUCAUUUCCGUCUGCAGAAUGAACGUGACAUCAUGGAGCCAUCCGAUCCACCAGCCAUUGUCCUGAAGCAUCUGGAUGACAAUCUCCUGAAUGCCUCUACCUUCCAGAAACUUACCAGGUCGCAAAUCAAACAUGUCGCAAAAUCUGUCCUGGAGGCCUUGAGUGUCCUCCAUGCGCACACUUUCGUCCAUACAGACUUCGGAAGCACCGUGCCAGCCAGCUCAGCGUACGCCAAGGACGGUAACAUGAUCGGAGCGCCCAUAUGGCGGAGCCCCGAGGUCCACCUCCGCAUCGGCUGGGGUACAGCGCCGGAUAUAUGGUCUUUUGGCGCCACGCUUAUCUCCUUGCUCUACGGGAAUAACUUUUUCCUCUUCAAGCCUGAUGUAUCUGCGGACCACGAGGACUACGAUCUGAGAAUUCUGCAGAGGCAGUGUGAGUUCCUCGGGCCGUUUCCUCUCUCCUAUCGCGAGAUUUGUCCCCCUGGGACGUUGGAUGUUCUGGCGCGUAUCAUGCGGGGUAUUCCGCCCGAGAGGAAACGGCCGUUUACUAGGAUCUCGGAGAAGGAGCUCCGCAGGGGGGAUAAGGAGUUUAUUGUGAGAAUUAUGAGGCUGGAUCCUAGGGAGAGGCCUUCGGCGGUGGAGCUUUUGCGAGUUAGGUGGUUUGAGGUUGAAUAG